AUGUCGAGUGAUGAUUGGUCAGCUUUUACUCAUAAAACUGAUAUUCUUCUUAUCUCCUGCCAACUGACAACCUUGGAUAAGCAUAAAUUAAAGUCUAAACAAGCUUUGAAUUUCUAUUGGGAUUUGAUUCAAGGAUGCAUCAUAAAAGCUACUGAAAAAUCAGCUCAAAAACUUGAAAAGCUUUCUAAAAAAGCAUUUAUAUCCAAUUGCAUCCCUACACAAUGUUCCAACAUUUAUGACAGAACAGUUAAAAUUGCAGCAACCUUAAAAUUUGAAUUUUUGCCAAUUACUGUGUGA